AAACUCUCCCUACUCUCAUCAUCGUCACCACCUUGUCUUCUUCACCACUCUCUUUCUCUCUCUCUUUGUGAUUGAAGAUUGAGGAGGCUGUGUAGUGUGCUUGGUGUGUUCAAAACCAUUUCGCUUUCAGUGGCUCAUUUGGCUUGUUGUUUUGAUUUUGUGCGCGCGCGCGUGUGCCUGAAAGGUGGGAACGAGGGAGGUCGAACAUAGGUGUAGCGAGGAUUUUGUAAUGGAGUACGAGAGGAUACGCAAAGUUCAGGCUGGUCUGAUAUCUCCGAGCAAGCUGAGGAUGAAGCUGGUAGGGCCACACCGUCAGAAGAAGAAAGAUGGAUCGAACUGCAAUUCUUCCAGAACAUCUCCUGCUAGGCUGGACGAUUCCGAGUUUGUUAACAACAGUUUAUUGUCAUCCACCAAUGAGGAUUUUAGCGAGGAAGUCACUUCAAGUUCAGAGGUUCCCACAAUUAAGUCUGAUGGUACCAUCACAAAUGCAAUUCAAAGUGAUGGAAACUUGCUGCAGAUAAAGGAACUUCCACCGGGAGAAAAUCGAAGGCAGUCAGUGUCAAAGGGUGAAAGCAGUAAUUCUAGUUCAGUUCACCCAGUCCGGGCGUGUGAGGAUGAAAAUCUUGAUUAUGAUAGCACAUCAAGCUUUGAGUUCCACAAAGGGGAGAGAUCACUGCACCAUUCCGGGACAAGAUGCUUCUCUAGAGCAAUGUCGUCGAAAUGGAAUGAUGCAGAGAAGUGGAUUAUGAACAGACAGAAUAUGCACCCCAACAUUUCCAAGAAGAACAAUCUCCAAAAUCAUAUGAGUAGAUCAUCUGCCGCGGCAAUUUUAGUGAGGGUUGCCCCAGAGUUUAUUACUGGCUCUGAAAACAAACCAUCAGGCAAGAGGGUUGAGUUUUGCCAGUCGCCAUCACAGCAAGGUUUCUCAAAAUUUGCCUUCACUUCCAAUGAAGCUGCGACAGUUACAGGCCAAAAGAAUGGACCUAGCUCGUUGAUUGAUAUGUGCCAUGAAAGUAAGGAUUUUCAAGAGAUCGACACUCCAGCUAUGACAGAAGAAACCUCAGGUAAUAAUCCAGGAGCUCCUGCCAUUCGAUCAGUGUCUAUGAGAGACACUGGAACAGAAAUGACUCCAAUUCCAAGUCAAGAGCCUUCCAGGAGUGCUACUCCUCUUAGUGCAACAAGUCCACUCCGCACCCCAACUCCUUCCAUGCCAUCCACUCCUCGGAUAAGAGAUCCAACACCCACGCCAAUCAGACCCUCCAGUGAAUCUGUUCCAUAUUUGUUUGAGAAUGGGAAGAAAGAAUUGUCCGAGCAAGAACUGAAGCUUAAAACCAGGAAAGAGAUUGUUGCACUCGGCGUCCGACUUGGUAAAACAAAUAUUGCAGCAUGGGCAAGCAAGGAUGAGAAAGAAAGAGGUAUUGAAGACUUGGGCAGAAACAGCGAGCAUAUCGACUACGAGAGACGAGCUGCUGUGUGGGAAGAAGCUGAGAAGUCAAAACAUGCUGCAAGGUUUAAACGAGAAGAAUUGAAGAUUCAAGCGUGGGAGAGUAGGCAGAGAGCAAAACUUGAAGCCGAAGUGAGGAAAAUGGAGGCCCGAAUUGAGCAAACAAGAGCACAUGCUCAAGCAAUGAUGAUCAAGAGGGUGGCAUUGGCGAGGCAGAAGGCCGAUGAAAAGCGAGCUAAGACCGAAGCUAAAAAAAUUCAACAGGCCGAGAAGACAGCAGCACAAGCAGAAUACAUCCGCCAAACCGGGCGAAUCCCGACGUCUCCUUUUCUCUGCUGCAGUUGGUCAUAAUCAGACAAGGUAUUUUAGCCCAGCUCUCCGUUGGAACAUAGUUUGAGUCAAACCGGCAAUUCUUGUGAUCAAUGUAUCUAUUACCAAUCAUAAAUUCCAAGCACACAUUUCUUUUACAUCCUGUAUGAUGAGGUAUGAUGGCUUAUUGCAUCUCUUGUAAAUCUGGUGCACAUCAAACUUUGUUUUAACACUGGUUUCAAAUUUUGCCACAAAGCCCUGCCAAGACAAACAGAAAUUAUUGGAGGUUCAAUUCCCCACAAGGCUUGGCAGUGUGGUAGUAUAUGGUAAAACCUGCCAUGUUUGCAGUAUGAUACAGUACCAAAAU